AAAAGUUACUCAAUGAGCUCGUGGAUAAUUUUUGGUACAUAAGCACGUGAUAGUGGGAACAGCUGUACAGGUGCAACUUGCAAGAGCGAUCAUGUGACAUCUAGUAGCUCUGACUCAUCCGCUCCGGCCCAGGGGCCUUCUUGUACAGACUUGUCUUCACAGUUCUUCAACCUCGGCAGAGAUAGUAGGAAAUAUACCGUGACUUGGUCGUUCAAGCUGGACUAAUAAUGUUCCUUAUAUGUUCUUGAAACAGACCUCGUCGACUUCAAAGGCCCGAGUUCAAGGUUCUACAGGAUUCUACUCUGAACUAAUGAAAUGAUAUUCAAAUGCAAGUACCUUCUGAAGAAGAUCCGUUGAAUCCCCUGCAGAGUUGGUGCGGCAAGAUCAAUGAUGGUGUUCACUUUAGUUGCGACAAAUACGGGUCUCAGUGCUUCAGGGUAUAAGAACUGGAUCGAAACAUACGUACUGAAAGAACUACUGCUCAAAUGCUCCGGCUUCUUCUCAACAUCGCUGCUUUUUCUGCUAUCCUUGCUGCAGGUGUAAAGGCCGAAAACCACACAGUGAAGUUCUUAAAUAAUUGUGGCAUUGGGACGCCUCUUCUGAAGCAGAAUGGAGUCACUCUUUCUACAGGAGCGUCAUACACUAUCAAUGGCCCAUUCUCUGCUAUUGCCUACCUCGACGCAGGCAAUUGUGGUAGUAACGGUGAAGGAUGCACCGUCGUUGAGACCACGCUGGCCAACAGUGGCUCGAGCACGACUUUCAAUAUGUCUUCAUAUUCUAUCCCAACUGGAUUCGCCUAUUUCAACGGCUGCGAUGGAGAAGGCUGGGACUGUACAAUUCCGGGCUGUCCAGGUGCUACUGGUAUUAUCUCUCCUCUUCCGAUUGAGUGUCUUGCUACAAAUGUCGAUCUCGAAAUUACAUUCUGUGAUUAGAGGCAGUAAUAUACGUUCAGUCGAUUACUUUGCUUUUUCGUUUUUCGUGUAGCACUUGGAAAGAGAUUUGUAGAGCAGAGACUCGAAAGAUGACAUUAGGAG